AUGACUAAAUCAACUGAAAACCCUGACACUUGUUGCUAAUAAUAAGAAUUAUAGGCUUUACCUACACUAAGUACUCAGAAAACUUCAACUCUUGCUUUACAACAAACUACUUUAAAUGAUCAAGAAGAAAAAAACUCUCAAACUUAGUAAAGCAAUAUCACCUUAUUUAGACCAUGGUGGGCUUAUCUCUUCGUGGCUGGAUACAUUUUCUUAGGAGGAAUUGACACAGCUGUCUAUAAAUACUAAAAUUCAACUGUAGUUGAUGGAUAAAAGUUUACUCAUGCCUUCAUUCAAAAUUACAUUAUGUUUCUUGGAAUGUCUUUGAAUUUAGUCAUGUAUUUUUACAACAAAUACACUGGAAAAAUUAACUUAGAAAUUGACCCUAGUAAAAAGAAUAUGGAUACCUUAAAAUCAACCAUGAUAUUAAAUAUCCCUGCAUUUUUGGACAUGAUAGGUUCUUUGUUGCAGCUAUUUGCCUUGAAUUUCAUAGACAACAGCAUUUAUAUGAUGAUCAGAGGAGGAUCUAUUAUCUUUGCUUGCGUGUUCACUAAGCUGUUUUUUAAGAGAAAGUUACUAAAUUACAGAUACUUUGGUAUAUUCUUUGUAUUUGUUGGCUUGUUUAUUGUAGGUCUUUCAUCUUUCUUGAACACUAAAGGUAAGAGCCAAUCUGACAUUUAAAUGUAAAUCAUUUCUAUGGUCUUACUCCUUCUUGGUAUUAUUUCUGAUGGUGCCUAAUAUACUACUGAAGAAUAUGUCUAUAGUAAAUUUAAUGUUCACCCAUAAUUUAUGCUUGGUCUUUAGGCAUUUUAUGGUUCACUUUAAUAAAUGGUUUUGGUCGCUAUUGCAUGCCAUGUAUAAUGUCCCUUCCCUAAUAAUGAAGGAUGCUCAAAAAUUUACGGAGUUUAUUGGUUAGAAAGUAUUACCAUGUACUUUAGAGAAAUAGGUAAAGAUGAUGCUCUUUUGGCUAUGUGUAUUAUUGGUAUAUUUACUAAGUAAAUAUAUAAUCUUUGCGGAACUUCAAUUACCUAUUACUUCUCAAGUGUUACAAGAACUGUUUCUGGAGCAUUAAGAACUCUUGUAGUUUGGGUUAUUUCCCUAAUAGUUACUGCUACCAGUUCAAGAAAAUGGGAAACUCUUGAUCCUAUUUCAAAUGUAGUUAAAACUAUUGGUUUCCUUGUAUUAGUUUUUGGUAAUCUAAGUUAUAAUGGAAUUAUCAAAAUACCUGGAUUCCCAAGAGAAUAAGACUUACCAAAACCAGCUGCAUUAACAACUGUAAAGACAGAAGAGGCAUAAAUUUUGAAAAUCUCUCCCUUAAAAAUUUAAUCUUAAGAAUCUUAAUGA